GUGGAUGAGACGGCAGUUGAUAUAGCCUUGGUGAGAUAUUCUCGUAUCAUUCAUCUAUAUCAAGAACAACCGCGUCUGCUCGAUAAAUGGAUCCCCGGUUUUGUGGAUCUUCUAGUGGAUUAUGUUACUUUGUUAGAAAACGGUAGAUCACAAAAUGCAGAAUUGAACCGAGUAACCAGAGAAGCCAUGAAUUAUAUUUCUGAGUUAUGCAUUGUUCGAGGAUCAAAAACAAUCGUCAGGCUUCUGCCUCACCAAGUGCAUCUGCUCGAUCCUCUGUUGAGAACACUAGAAUUUUAUCAAACGAGCUCUCUGACGGACCACAACCAACGUAAUCUACUUCUUAUGUGGCUGUGGAUCGUCGUAAAAAAUCCGUUCGAUUUGAAAAAGUUUGAUCCCACAGGGGAUCCAGAUAAUGUAAUAACGCGUAUAAUGAAUGUGGCACUUCACUAUAUGGAGUGGGAUUGGAAUAGAACUCAGACUUCUGCCGCUCUCGUUAUAGCUCAGUGUCUUUCUCGUGCGGAUGGUUUGCCGAAAGUUCCAAGUUUUCUAUCUCGUGUGCUAGAUAGUAUAAAGAAACAUCACGAAAGCAGGAAAUCGCUUCUUUCAAAUCUGAUACUACUACUGGCAAUAUUGAAACAUGUUGAUAGAAGAGUUCUAGUCAACCACGUAUCUAAUAUGCAUGAGGAGCUAGGAUUUCUGUAUCCUAUUGACGAAAAGAAAGGCGUUUUAAUCAAUAAAUGCCUUGUCAAAGUUAUUCAAAGGAUAGGACUGAUUGCAUUGAAACCUAGAACUUGCAAGUGGAGCUACAACAGAGGGAAGCGGUUACUAGAAGGAGUAUUGAAUGAAGCAGAGUAUGAUAUUGCGGAAACUACGAACGACCACGAUGCCAACAGUGAGAUGGUGGACGAUGAAUCAGAAGAACUUGAAAACCCACAAAUCGUUGAAUGGACUCUGGUGCACGUCUUGGAAGCUCUAAGUCAUUCCGAUACAGCUGUGCGAUGGUCAGCAGCCAAAGGUGUAGGACGGAUAACAGUCCGUUUGCCUAACUUGGAUCUUGCUACCCAAGUCGUUGGAUCUAUUAUCUCAGGACAUUUCGGAGAAGUGGCUGAAUAUUCCUCUUGGCACAGUCAUGGUGCAUGUAUGGCUAUUGCGGAGCUAGCACAUAGAGGAGUCCUCCUUCCUCAUAUUCUCGAAGACGUCGUACCCGCUCUCGAAUUUUCUUUGGUUUUCGAAGAUGCAAUGGGCAAGCAUCAAUAUGGUAAUCAAGUUCGGGAUGCCGCUUGUUAUGCAGUUUGGGCAAUCUCAAGAACUUAUGAACCUAGUAUGAUAGCACCGUAUUUACAAAGACUGGCGGCAUCACUGCUAUGCGGAGCUCUAUUCGAUAGAGAAGUGAAUCUACGGCGAGCUGCUUCAGCUGCUUUACAAGAGAUGGUAGGCAGACAAAAAACUGUGGCUGAUGGUAUUUCACUCAUUCAAUUGGUCGAUUAUUUCGCUGUUACUAAUCGUCAAAAGUGUUAUGAGAAACAUUGUGUUCCAGUCGCUCAAUAUCCUUCCUAUUCUUCUGUGAUUUUGAGACAUUUAAUUACGAAGAAGGUCGUUCAUUGGGAUGAAAAGAUUCGCGAACAAGCUGCCACUUCUUUGGAAAUGAUUUGCGAAAAAUCUUUGACGAUGAUCAGCGACAACUACUAUAUUGAAAGCAUUGAUAAUUUUUUGAAAGCGAGUUGUGGAGCUCGAACAUCUCCGUUGCUGAGACAUGGAUAUUUGCUCGCUGCCGGCCACCUUAUUAAGGGGUUGGCGUUCCGAGGAGUGGAUAUGUCUUCUACAUUCACCGAUGUGGCACGAGUACCAGCGGUAUUACGUCCUUUCUGUGACAAAACUACGCAACCGGGGGCAUUGAUCCGAAGAACUUUGUGCAAAUUCAUCGAACUUAUUUCGGCUUCUAAGAAGGUUCCAUUGCCAGAUGAUGAGUUGAAAACGUGGACGGAUGUACUGUUAGAUUUAGUCGUUGAUCCAAGAGAGAGCAUUCAAUCGCUUACAAAACUUACAGCCGCAGAAUUUUCGAAGACUUUUUUGUCCAAAAAUGGCGAGUUAAUGCAGUCAGUUAAGGUUAAGAUAUUAAACUCGUUGGUCAAGUGUUCAGAAGAAAGUGAAAGAACAGGAAUGGGCCUUCUCUGCGAAGUUUUACAUCAGGACGUUAUCGAUUUUGAGAUUUUCGACGCGCUGUGUAACACAAUUCUGAGCUCAAAUACAACUGAUGCAAAAUGGGCUAUUGCCAGGCAACAAGCGGUCUUCGCCAUCACAAGAAUUUCCGUGCAAGCUCCUACAGAAAUUUUCUCUCGGAUUGGAGAGAAGUGCUUCGAAACACUAUACAAGGCAAUGACAGACUAUACGACGAACUCUAAAGGCGAUGUGGGCCGUUUUGUUCGAGAAGCGAGUAUGGGCGCCAUGGCAGAUAUUCUGAUUCUAGCCAAAACCGAGCCGUCUUUUCUUGACCAACAUGUCGUCAGAAGUGCUCGUCAUAUGAUUCAACAGAGCGCUGAACGUAUAGGAAGGACUAGAGAGCGGGCUUGUGAAGCUCUCCUAAAAUUGAUCAAGUGCGAGAUAACUGGUCGACGACUACCACAUAUCGAUCUUCUUCGAAGUAUUUACGUUGACCCCAAAGAGUUUAUCGCUGAUCGAGCACUACUCCAACUUGCACCUAUUCUGAGUUUGGCAGAAGAUUAUUACGAGAAUCUUAUUCUCGGAAUCGUUGUAUCGGCUGGUGGAUUAGCAGAAGGAACGCAAAAGACUGCGAAACAGUUGCUUUUGGAGUACCAGAGAGACAUUUGCGAAGAUAAACCUAGAUUUGAUCAAUUCUUAGAAACAUUCUCUUUUAUGUUCCAAAACUCGAGAAAAGUGGCUCGUAUUGCAAACAGCUUCAUGCAGGUCCUCCCACAAACGCUUGGGAAUUUGGGUGUUUACGAGGAGUGCCCAGAAGAAUCUGACGCAAUUCUGAAUAUAGUGGAAAACAUGAAGGUGAUCGCAGUGCAAUCUCCAUUGAUGUCACGCCAACGACUUUCUAUUGACUCUUUAGCAGAGUUGUUGAAUUGUGGAAAGAAAAGUAAAGUGUACCGAACAGCUCUAACUAUGAUUCUGGAUAGUCUGGGCAGUCCGAAGCCAGUUUUACGAAAAUCAGCAGCCGAGCGACUUUAUGAGCAUUUGUGUUGUGCAGAAGAAGCAGAUAAUGAUGUGCUUGAAUUACUUGCUACCACAAAUUGGCAAGAUGAAAGUGAUACUGUUCUUAAGAAAAAAGCAUCUGGAAUAACUGAAAAGGUAGUAUCCAAUAUGGAUCUCAGUCACCUCACUGACGAAGAUAUGCUCAUCAUUGAUAUGUAUACCGCAUGUGAGAUGAAAGGACCGGAUAAUACGUACACGGAACCAAACAUUAUGAGACUUGUGGAGUAUGUUUGGGCACAUAAUUCGGAGGGUGCAAAAAUGAUCUUUUUAAAAAUUGAGGAGAAUGCGUUCAGCAAACCUCAGCCGUACUUAUAUAUACACUGCGAAUUAUAUUGUUGUCCCGGCUACACCCUAUCUAAAAUGAAGGAGUUCGACAAAUCCGUCUGUCAGUUACUGAGCCAAUCCAAGAGUUUUCAAGCCUGCGGGAUUGGCGCAUGGAAGCUUGUUCCAAAUGUCAACUAUAAGAAAUGA